UGGCGUUGGUCCGGCUGCAGUCUCUCUCUCUCACUCCGUGUGUGUGUGUGCGCGCGAGAGGUGACUGCGCUGUCGACUUCCAGCUCCCAGCAAGACCUUCUAUCGACCCCCACCCACCCACCCCCCCUCGGCCCGAACACCCACCCCCCAGCACCUCCACCGCCCUUGGAGGCUGGGGAGCUGAGGGAAGAGGUGAUCGGAGCUCGCGGGAAGCACCGAGAAACGCCGCUGGUUGGCGGGGAGAGGGCGGCCAUGACAGUGCGGCCUCCCUUCUCCCCCGCCCUCCUCCUCCUCCUGUUGUGGGCGGCGGGGAGCCACGCCAGCUGCUUCACGGGGACGGCCAAUGAGUGCCGGAAAGCCCACCCGGUGCCCGGCGCCGACCUGGCCGGGGAGGGCUACGACGUGGUGAGGCUGCGCCGGAUGGGGGCCUUCGCGGUCGACGUCCAGAGCUGGCGGCGCCGGGACGGCACCUGCACCCUGUGCCGCAACUCCCAGAUGGAGGGGGCGCUGCAGCGCCUGCCCCGGCAGGUGACCGACUGGCGGGCGCGGCCGGCGUGCCAGCGGCACCUCAGCAGCCAGCUCUACGAGUCGGUGGGCGAGCUGGAGGACGCCGGCGCCUCGGUGGUGGACAAGUCCUGGAGCGCCGGCCUGGACGUCAACCUGAAGCCGGAGACGGGCGCCAAGCUGAGGGUGGCGGGCACCCAAUCCAAGAUGGCGGAGUUCGCCCGGCGCCGGAGCUCCUCGGACCGCUACAGCUUCACCGCCCACACCUUCCAGUGCCAGCUGUACGAGUACCGGCUGGUGCACCGGCCCCGGCCCUCCGCCCAGUUCCUGCGGCUGGCCCGCAGCCUCCCGCGGCGCCCAGGACCCUCCGCCCGCUUCUUCUACCAGCGCUUCCUGCGCACCUACGGCACCCACUACAUCAGCGGGGUGCGGCUGGGGGGCCGGCUCCAUGACGUCACCGCCCUCCGGACCUGCCAGGUGGCGACGGAGAGUCAGACCGUGGAGGAGGUCAAGGACUGCCUGGACAUCGAGGCCGAGGCGAAGAUGGGCACCAAGGUGCAGGCAGACGCCAAGUACCACGCCUGCCAGGAGGCCCGUGCCAAGCUGUCGGGCCGGCGGAGCUUCAGUCAGGAGUACAGCGACCGGCAGGUGGAGGUGACCGGGGGCCCCAUCGGAGCGGCGGCCGCCGACCUGCUCCUCUCGCCCGGCCAGGCCUCCGACUUCGGGGCCUGGCUCUCGGGCCUGGCCUCCCAGCCGGGGGUGGUCUACCACGUGCUGGAGCCGCUGCACCACCUGCUGCCGGGGGGGCCGGCCGAGCCCCGGCGCCGCCUGCUGCGCCGGGAGCUGGAGGCCUACCUCCGGGGCCACGCCCAGGCCGGGGAGGGCCGCAACUGCUCGGGCCUGUGCCGCCGGGGCUCGGUGCCCGACCCCCGGCAGCCGUGCGCCUGCCGCUGCCGCCAGAGCCAGGAGGUGGACGGGCUGUGCUGCCCGCGGGGGAAGGGCUGGGGCCUACUGGAGGUGACGGUGACCCGAGGCCGGGACCUGUGGGGCGACUACGCGGGCGGCACCGAUGCCUACGUGCGGGCCCGCUACCGCCCGGCGAUGGGCCCCGAGCUGGUGGCCACCACCUCGGUGGUGCCCAACAACAACAACCCGGAGUGGGGGGUGAGCCUGCAGCUGGGGGAGGUGCAGCUGGGGCCCAAGGAGCAGGAGGGGGGCCCGGGCCUGACGGUGGAGUGCUGGGACCAGGACCACGGCUACGACGACGACCUGCUGGGCUCCUGCCAGCCCCGGCCGCUGGCGGCGGGCCGGCACCCCCACGUCUGCUACUUCAGCUACGGCAGCCUCUCCUUCGAGGUGAGCCUGAGCUGUGGGCCCCACCUGGGGGGCAGCCGCUGCCGCCAGUACGUGCCCCAGCCCCCUCCCUCCGGGCUGGGGUCCGGGGACGGGGCGGGGAGGCCGAGGCUCUGAACUGCCGCCAACUCCCCUCCAGGAGGCCGUCCGAGCCCAGAGGGUGGGCCUCAGCUCCGAACUACCACACCCUCCCCUCCCCCGAGGGUAGGCC